CAACUUAACCCCCCUUCUCAACCCGUUCUCCCCUUGUUCAGCCGCCAACCUUUCAAUUUUCAACCAAACCGGACCUGUAGUUGAACCAUGAAGGAUAUUCCGAGAAUUACCAGUUCCACAGCCGCCAAAAGCGAAUUCUAUCCUGAAUUGCUUGAGCAAAUCAAAGCCAUUACAGAAGAUCAAUCUUACUGGGUUACCAAUCUUUCCAAUGCUGCGGCCAUCAUUUAUCAUGAACUUCGUGGGUUGGCGUUUUUCCAAGCCAAACCCAUUAACUGGGCGGGCUUUUAUCUGGUAGAUCCUAACGAUGAUCAAAAAUUAAUUUUGGGUCCCUUCCAAGGCAAAGUGGCCUGCACUGAGAUUCCAUUUAGCAAGGGUGUAUGUGGUGCUGCAGCGACCACUCGAACCACCCAGGUGAUCAAGGAUGUACAUCAGUUCCCAGGUCAUAUCGCUUGCGAUUCAGCCUCCAACUCGGAAAUCGUGGUUCCAUUGGUGAAAGAUGGCCGAUUAUUGGGUGUGCUUGAUAUUGAUUGUGAAGAGACGGAAGGUUUUGAUGAAUGUGAUCAAGCAGGAUUAGAAGCUGUUGCCAAGGUGAUUAUAGAUAAUUGUGCAUGGUAGAUCCAAUACGGGUAAUAGUGUAAGGAUCUUUUUAUUUCCUUUUUUUGGUCUUGCUCUUCUUUGGCUUUGUUUUUCAUGCAGGGUUCACAUAAGAUGGCGGCAUGCUGCAUGCAGUUUUGGAAAAUCGAUACCUAAAGAAAAAAAAUAAAAUGACUAGAAAAGAAAAAAAAAAAACAUCCCCUAAGCUGUCUUUCUAGUCUCCUAUAUAUUAG